AUGGCGCUCAAUGCCCAGUCCUACACCGCGGUGGUCGCCAUCGUCGGCACCAGGCCGCUCACGCAGACCUUCACCGCCAAGUUCAGGGACACGCCUGCGUUCGUGUACUUCGUCAUAGCCAAUGCCAUUGCUGCCGCGUAUAACCUCGAGGUGCUGCUCAUCCGCCGCCUAAUUCUGAGGCGGAGGAUGGCGGGUUUGGUUGUGCACAUGCUUGACAUGGUGAUCAUGGCUCUGUUGGCGACCGGUGCGGCCACAGCGGCGGCGAUGGCGGAGCUAGGCAAGAAUGGCAACGUGCACGCGCGGUGGAACCCGAUAUGCGACAGGUUUGGCUCCUUCUGCAGCCGUGGAGGCGUUGCGCUGGCGUCGUCGUUCACCGGCGUCGCCCUCAUGAUGGCACUGAACCUGCUUUCAGCUGCAUCCAAUGCUCAAUGCUCCCCGGGCCAAUGA